AUGGCUAAGGGAGUAGAAAUUUCUACAAAUGAAGAACAUUUUGUAGGUGAAGCUCUCAAAUUAGGAUUCAGAACUGAUGGUAGAACCCUUACACAGGCUAGAGAACCAGUGAUAAAGCUCUCUGACCAGUACGGGUAUGUGGAGAUCGUCUGGGGUCGUACGAAGUUGGCUGUACGUAUAUCUGCAGAAAUAACCCAACCUUAUGAAGAUAGACCAUUUGAAGGUCUUUUCACAAUUAAUACUGAGAUUUCACCAAUGGCAUCACCACAUUUUGAAAAUGGUAAAAACUCGGACGAAGAGGUUUUAAUAGCUAGAUUGGUUGAAAAGGCCAUUCGUAGAUCCAAUGCGCUUGAUUUGGAGUCUUUAUGUAUAGUGGCGGGCUCUAAAGUAUGGCUGAUUAGAGCCGAUAUUCAUUUCUUGGACUUUGAUGGGGGACUUAUUGAUGCUUCAUGUUUGGGGGUUAUGACUGCUUUACAACAUUUCCGUAAGCCGGAUGUUUCAGUGGUGGGUGAAAAUGUGGUUAUUCAUAGUGUUGAUGAAAGACAACCAGUUCCAUUAUCUAUUUUGCAUGUUCCAAUUUGUGUUACCUUUCUGUUUUAUAAUCCUUCUGGAGUCGAAGAAAACAUCAAGGGUGAUUUGAAUGAAGAAAUAUCCAUUAUUGAUGCUACUCAACAGGAAGAACUUCUUCGUGAUGGAUCAUUGGUUAUUACUAUUAAUAAGAAUAGAGAACUUAUUCAAAUUUCCAAAAGUGGUGGUCUUCCAAUUGAUGCUAUGGUAUUGAUGGACUUGUCCCGUAAAGCAUAUGUCAUUGCUGAAGAAUUAACUGAGAAGGUUAAACAAUUACUUAAGGUUGAUGAAGAAGAAAGAUAUAAAAGACUUAACUUGAAGUUGUUAGAAUCUGGUGAACGUAGAUAG